AUGCUACAGCGUAUUGUUCUUCUUCUUGCAUCCCUAGGAUGCGCCUCCUCGCUUGCAACAUCCAAGUUCAAACUACCAAUCGUCGGGGUUAAUCCCUCAGAGGUCGCCAUUACCUCCAUGUCCUUGACGGACCAAGGAAGGUCUGAUGAUUUCGCAAAGGAUGGCCGACCGCGAACCAUCAUGAUAUCUGGUUUCUCCCCUAUAUCGGCUUGUCGUCAUGGCCAUCUUGUGGGAUACAUGCCACCCGUGACCGCCCGUUUCGAAGACAACAAGUUCGCCGCUUAUGGUCUCCCCAAUGGUACUUUUCGAUCGCUUGGCCUGCAGACCUGUACGUCGAACCUAGUUCCAAAACCCUGCUCUUCCGGAUCUUUACCACUUGUGGUCUUCUCUGGCGCCCUUGCAACUUCCCGGACCUUGUACCAUAGCAUGCUUCAAAGUGUUGCAGCUGCGGGCUACCUUGUCGUGUCUAUCGACCACCCUUACGACGCUGAUAUCGUCGAGUUUCCCAAUGGUACUACCGUUACCGGUGUUGACAUCAACGAUUCCGAACUCGAGGAUGCUCUGACUACGCGCGUUAACGACAUUGCGUUCCUCUACCGGCAGCUUGCAAAACCGUCACUUCGCACAAAGCUCUUCCCACUGCAUCGUCACAGCGGCAGCUUACCUAAGACUGCCGUUGUAGGUCACUCGUUCGGAGGAGCUGCUGCUGCGGCAGCGAUGCAACAACUCUCCUAUAUCCGCGGGGGCCUGAACAUGGACGGUUCGAUGUUUGGAUCUGUACUCAAGACCGGUUUAGACCGUCCGUUUAUGCUGAUCGGUCACGAUAACAAGACGCAAGAAACGGACCCGUCUUGGAAAACGGUGUGGCCGCAGCUGAAGGCUUGGAAGAGAGAGAUAGAGGUAAAGGGCGCUGCGCAUUACAGCUUCUCCGACCUGCCUCUUAUCACAUCAGUGAUUGGUCUGCAAGAGAAGUUGCCAAUUGAGGUUGAACAAGUUCUGGGUUCGAUUGAGGGCCGUCGUAUGAUGGACUUGACCGUCACAUAUGUGACAGCGUUCUUGGACAUGGUACUAAGACAUGGUUCGGAGAAGGCCUUUGUCCGUGCUGACAAGAACUUCACAGAAGUGGUGGUAGUGGCUUAG